AUGGACUCCAAGGAAGCAAGAUUCCCCAAGUACAUGGUAUACUGCGUUCUCAUGGCUUGUAUUGAAGCCUUCAGUAACGGUUGGGUCAUUGGUUCUGCCAAUGUGCCUGGCCUCGUCACUCACGAAUGUGAGCAUGGUAUGGAAAAAGUAGCUGCUAAAGGUCUUCCUGAUUGUUUGCCCAUGAACACUGCCCUUUGGGGUUUCGCCGUUUCCUCCUUCUGUGUUGGUGGCCUCAUUGCAUCUCUUUUCGGUGGUGCUGUUCAAGAAAAGCUCGGUCGUCGUUUGACCAUGAUUGUUAACAAUUCUGGUUUUAUUGUUGGUUCUCUGUUGUGUGCCGUUGCUGUUCAUCAAGCCAUGUUCAUCAUUGGCCGUAUUCUCUGCGGUCUUUCUUGUGGCCUUGGCUCUUUGGUUGUUCCUACUUACAUUGGUGAAGUUUCCACCAUCAAGGCUAGAGGUACCAUGGGUUCCUGUAACCAAUUCUUGAUCGUUAUCGGUAUUCUUUUGGCUUCCGUUAUCGGUCUCCCUCUUGCCACAGUGCCCCUCUGGCGUGUCAAUUACGCUAUUGCUGCUUUCCCUGCCAUCUUCCAAUCUGUCUUCUUCCCUACUUGUGUCGAAACUCCUCGUUGGCUGGUCGCACAGAACCGUAUUGAUGAAGCUCGCCACAGUCUUCAGAAGCUUCGCGGUAAUUAUAACAUUGACUCUGAGUUCUUUGAAAUGGUUGAAGGUAUCAAGGGUACUGCAGUUGCCAACACCUUGGUCCGUGGCGCUGAUAUCACUGGCGAUGAGGGUCUCAAGCUAUCUGAAUCCAAGGAGGCCGGUUCCUUUGAUGCCAACAACGAGGAGAAGGGUGGCAAUGAUAUUGACCACAAGACCUACUCUAUGAUCGAUGUCAUGAGAGAUCCUGUUACUCGUCGUAUUGGUAUUACUGUGUUCAUUCAUCACAUUAUCCAACAAUUGUCUGGUAUGAACGCUGUCAUGUAUUAUUCUACCAACAUUUUCUUGCUCGCCUUCAAUAACUCUCAAAGCAUGGCUCAGUUGAUGGCUAUUAUCACCACCAUUGUCAAUUUCGCUGCUACUAUCUUUGCUGUUUGUGUCAUUGAUCGUUUCGGCCGUCGUCCCCUGUUGCUCAUUGCCGAAGCUGGUACUUGUAUCUUCUCUGUUCUCUUGGUUGUUGGUUACAAGACAAAUACCCCUGGUCUUCUGAUUGCCUCUGUCUUCUUGUACGUCGCCUCUUUCGCUGUUGGUAUUGGCCCCAUUCCUUGGUUGAUUACCUCUGAAAUGACUCCCACUUAUGCUGCUUCAUCUGUCGGUGCUGCCUCUACCUGUAUCAAUUGGUGUAUGAAUUUCUUGAUCGGUCAGAUUUUCCCCGUUAUUUUCGCUGCCAUUCAAGGUUGGUCUUUCCUCAUUUUUGCCGUUAUUUGUGCUUUGGCUUUCUGCUUUACUUUCCUCGCUCUUCCCGAAACCAAGGGUCGCUCUCUUGAAGACGUUGUCAGAGGUUAUGAAAAGCAUAAGAAAUAA